UGUGCGCGCGCAUGGUUAGCAACGCGUACUGGAAGCAAAAAACACACAAAAAAAACUUCAUUUCUGACAAAACAGCCAGAGGACACAGCGACGGCUGGAGGAGCGGAGGAAAUCACUGUAAGGUUCACAUGACCAGAGCAGUCUGAGGGGUGAGUAACAGUUAGUCCAGAGGUCGGAAGAGGUCACAGGCAGCACGGCGCUGAAUGUCCGUGACAGCUUCAUGGGCCUGAAGGACCAUCUGGAUGAUGGAGCAGGCCAUAUCCUCGAUUUGGGGCUGGAUCUGGACUACCUCCAUGUGAAGGCUGUAGACCGGCAGGCCGGUGCAGAUGCCGUUUCCAGAAUGGACAGGGGCUCAUUGGACACCAGCGAGGAAGGAGCGCCCAGCUCUGGGAGAUGUCCUUUUUCGUCCCAGGGUGACUCAGAGGACAGCUGUGGAUCUGAUGGCGAGGUGGAGCGGGGUUGUACUCUUGCCCCAAGCGAUGGAUCAGCUCGAGCUGUCCAUCCGCCUCUUUGCCGAUCUCCAUGUCUGGAUCUGGAUUCCCCAGGGCUGCCAGAAGUGACGCAGGAUAAUCCAAACACUGAAAAUUCUCUAAGGGAGUAUCAGACCAAGUUGGAGUUUGCUCUGAAGCUGGGUUAUGCUGAGGACUUGGUUCGAUUGGUAUUAAGCAAGCUCGGGUCAGAUGCUCUGAUCAACGACAUCCUAGGGGAGCUGGUGAAACUUGGCAGCAAGUCAGACAGCGACAGUGGUGCGGCAACGUCAUCCACUUCCACUUCUUCAUCUUUAGCGUCUUCCGGGUCAUCAUCAUCUUCAGCAUGUAGCUUCUCAGACUCUACCGAUUCUCGAUGCUCUGAGUCGCCAUUGCAGUCAAUCCUGGACGACAAGGAUAACCUCCGCCCCAUAGUUGUGGAUGGAAGCAACGUAGCCAUGAGCCAUGGCAACAAGGAGGUGUUUUCUUGCCAAGGUAUUCAACUUGCAGUGGACUGGUUCCUCGAACGUGGCCACAAAGACAUCACAGUGUUCGUACCAGCAUGGAGGAAAGAGCAGUCCCGACCUGAUGCUCUCAUCACAGAUCAAGAGAUCCUGAGGCGACUGGAAAAGGACAAGAUCCUGGUUUUCACACCCUCUCGCCGGGUCCAGGGACGUAGGGUGGUGUGCUAUGAUGACCGGUUCAUCGUCAAGUUGGCUUACGAAUCGGACGGCAUCAUCGUCUCCAACGACAACUACAGGGAUUUGGCCGUGGAAAAACCAGAAUGGAAGAAGUUUAUUGACGAACGACUUCUUAUGUACUCGUUUGUCAAUGAUAAAUUUAUGCCUCCGGACGAUCCCCUUGGUCGCCAUGGCCCCAGCCUUGAGAACUUCCUGAGAAAACGGCCCAUCAUCCCGGAACACAAAAAACAGCCUUGUCCAUAUGGAAAGAAGUGCACUUAUGGUCACAAGUGCAAGUUCUACCACCCAGAGCGUGGCACCCAGCCCCAGCGUGCCGUAGCCGACGAGCUCCGUGCUAGUGCCAAGACCUCGGCAGCUAAAGGCACAAAUGAGUCGGGCCUAGUGAAAAGCCACAGUGUUCCCGGAGGCUCGCGCAAUGAUAAAACCGGUGACGGAAAGCGUUUGAACUCAAAGCGGCAGUCGGACCCCAGUGCCCGCACCCUUUCGUACGGUGACGUGGAGGACAAGCUGAGCUCCAAAACCAAAGCAGACCCCCAGAACAGCAGCUUGACGCUACCCCCUGCACCAGGUGGGCCCCCUUCCUGCCACACUCACUCACAAGACCAGAGAGAACAACUGACAUGCUUUUCUAAAAGUCACGCAUUGCCAGCUUUCCCUCAAACAGACUCCUACCCCACCUGUGAGUCUCCGGACCUCAGCUAUUACUGCCUUGUCCGUGGCUACUCUGGCCUCAGCUUGUCCACCCAAAGGAGCCCCGAGCGGCCUUUCCUGUCCGACAUAGAUACACGGCUCAGUUCCGUAGCAUCUGACUGCAGCAGCGAGGGCAGCGCCAGCUCCGAUUCAUAUGGCACAGUGCCUCCCGGUGAGCGCUCCUGCAUGAGCUCACCUGACUCACUGUUGGACGAUGGGCUCAAGUGUCAUCAUUACCACCACCUCCACCACCAGCGCAGGCAGUACCCACUGCCUAUGGUCCUGCCUCCACCACCCCACCACCAUCACCAGAGCCGUGUGCUUUCCCCAGUCCCUUCAACUCACCCAGGGUACCAUCACGGGAUGGCCCGGGGACACAGUUUCACGCAAGACGACCAGACACCUCCAGAGCACCACUUCAAGCAGUCAGUGUCCUAUAUUGGCCCCCAAGUCCAGCACCAGAUGAUUGCUGCCAGAUCCAGUUGUCCUGGAGAGUACCCUCCUCAUAGUUCCCCAAUGAAUCGAGGUCUGGCAUCCACACGUCUCGACAGCGUGUCCGACUCCAGGCUCUAUGAGCGCUCACCUCUUUUAGCCAGGAAGCCUUUCCCAGACCAGGAAAGGAUGGCCAGCUGGGAGCCAUACUAUCAGCAACCCUGCUACGAGCCCUUUACCUUUCAGAGCCUUCCAGAAAACAAGCAGCAAGCAUGGCGGGUGCCUUGGGGACAAACUCCUCUUCAUCCAUCCCAUACUCCCCACCAGCACCAGGAACCGCCUGCCCUCAGUCGCUACCAGGAAUUGCGUGAGAAAGUGUUCAUCAACCUGUGCAACAUCUUCCCCACUGAGCUUGUGCGGUUGGUCAUGGGCCGGUAUCCUCACAUUACUGAUGCCCAACAGCUGGCAGCCGCUAUCUUGGCUGAAAAGAGCCAGACUGGAUACUAAGAACCAACACAACUGAUUGGAACUGUAGCAAAUAUCUUGGUCAAUUAACUUGUUUCCUGAGGGUUACGGAGAUACCUACUAGGGAUAAUCCAGGCCUUGAUAGAUUACACAGUGCUUCCAUUUGGAGAUUUUAUGAGAUUUUGAUGGAAGCCUCCAAACAUGGUCUUGGUGAGGACGAGUCAUGUCAUACUUGGGUCUCUUACUUGACUCAGUUUGAAGUCUGUCAAGUCGAGGUGUUUUUUUUUUUUUUUGUCAGCAGUGGAGCCAUAACUGCAAGUAGCAAUUUGUCUACCUGAAGCGUGAAUGUGGAAAUGAGUGUGACAUUAUUUAUUUUAGUCUAUAUAUUUCCAGCAAGGUUUUGCUUUAUGUUGAUAGUUCGAUUCAGGUGAGCAUGUACUGAUUCACAAGGCACUUUUACAUUGCUGUUUAUCAAAUGCAAAAGUUUGAUAACUUAUGUCAAUCAAACAAGAACCGAUGGAAGGCCAGAUUUGUCGGAGUGGAUAUUAUACUGUGAUCAGGUUGUCACAUAGAGAAAUUUGGCUCAAAUGGACAAAUAAGAAAAUGACCAAAAGAGCACAGAGCAAGCAAAGGGCAGGACCCUGUCUUCAUUUUGUUGCGACGAGGAAAGAGUUCGCUCCCUUAGCCAAAAAAGGGUGCAUCAAUGUACUAGAAAUUUUAUUUAAAGUCGGUUUAAAUACGUUCCCUCAAUAUCUGGCCUUUCAUAAUCCUUGUGAUACAAUGCCUACUCUCACUUGAAAUUGUUUUGCUUUUAUUUAGGGUCUUAAAACUGCUUUCCCCAUAACCAAUUUUUGAAUCACGAAUCAUUGGGUCUUUGGGGAAGGGCACCAACAGCUGGCCCAGUGAACUCACUGAGUUAUUUUAUUUUAGUAGCAUAGUCGUGUUAAUUUAUUAUCAUUUAUUUCCUUAGAGGUAUCUUAAGCUUUGCCGUUUUGUUACAGAGAUGUUUUAUUCAUGUGUGGGUGUGAGAUCACGUGCUCGCUCGUCUGUACGUCUGGGAACUUCUCAUCAAGCAACUUGCGCCAUAUCGCCAGUGUUAUUAGAUACAGUGGCAGAGUUUCCCAAAAGGGAUGUGGUUUUUAGAAAAGAAGAAUUUAUCUUUUACUCAGCACUUUUUGGGAAACUUUUGCCAUGGUCCAUAGCCACAGGUGUAGUGUAGGUGAGACAGACGCCACCAGUCUGUCUUUGUACCUUAGUUUUAGUAAGGGACGUCUCUGGCUUCGUGCUACCGUCACUCGUCAUCUUCAUCCUGGUGAUGUACAAGCAGUUUAUGAGGGAAAACCUGAUCGGGCGAGAAGCUUUUGCGAGUCGUACGCGAGUCAAGAACUUCCAGCGAGACAUUUGUACGUGUUCCUGACGUGACCUUGUGGUAGCCAGAGAAUACCUGUCCUUGUUGAUACAAAUUGUAUCUUUUUUUUUUUUUUUAACUUAAAAGAAAGAGACCUUUAUAUACAUAUUAAUCUAUGGAUAAAAUAUAUUCACACAGUUAUGUACAAUAUGUAGUACUUGUGUAAUUUAAGAUAUUUUCGGCAACAUUUUAUCAUUACUUCAAGGAAAACAGUUAAAGCUUUUUUUUGUUUUGUGGGCUAUAAAAGAGCAUCAAAUGCAUCUUUUAAAAAAAAAGAUAAAGAUGGAGGGUAACGAUCAUGAUGGAGAUAUUUGUUAAGCAUUAUUUAUUUAUUUACUUUGGAAGCAAAGGUUUAUUUAUAGCUUAUACCUAUAAUUAAGUGGGUUUUGGGGUAUGAAGUUGGUUUUUACAAAUUUACGAGACAAAAUGAACAACUCUGUGUGUCAAUAGGUUUUAAUUUGUUUUCCGUUGAUGCGGCUCUCAACGGUUUUCCAAAAGCUUUACGAGUAUAAUGAUUGUGUUUAUAUGGUAAAGUGAGUGGAUGCUCGCUGAAUCAUAUGAUUGGUUAAUUAUGCUAGGAUGCUUCUGGAAGACUUAACUAAAACUGCACAUUUUCUGGAUUUGCCGUGGAAGAAAAAACAAACAAACAAACCACAGACCUUGUGUUUUACCUGAAAAUAUUAUUAUCUGAUGCAUUUCAAGAGGGCUGGGCUCUUUGGGGGUAAAAUGCUGCCUGAAAUAUUUGUUAGGAGCACCUUUGUUUUGAAAAAGAAGAGCCUUCCCUCGAGCCAGGUGGCACCAUGUGCCAUCGUUGGCAGUGGCGUGGGCAUAGAGUAAAUGCCUCUACACGGCAUUGUGCUUAAGACACAUCUGAAUAAUCUGAACCAUGUUCAGCUUACGAGUUUUCAGGGCCGGCCUUACUGCAGGACGUCCUUAACACUGGUGUAUUUGCAGAGUAAUAACGACUGCUCUGAACCCAAGCACGCUGUUAACGUUUCACACAAAUACUCAGGACAUUAUGGACGUCUUCAGUAAAGUGGCACCAGUUUUCAAAUAUAUAUAUAUAUAAAAAUAGAAAAGUUGUUUUUCAUUGUGCUGUGCUGUAAUCAAAGCUUCAGUGGACUUGCUGUGAGUUAAUGUUUCCGUAACGAUGUCACACCUUCUCCUCCAUCAAGCCUCUCAGAGCUUUGCUAAACCGCCUCGUGGCGGAAAUGUACAUAGGCUGAUUACAAAACCUGUUUCCGUAACACGCGUCCAAUCCAUGGAACGACGCACACAGGGAGACGACUGCUGAACCAUUUCCAUGUAGAUGUAUUGGAAGGUUCAGUAAUUACUCCUCGAUUCACGAAAUGUAGGCUUUACGCUCAAGGACCAAAGUGAACAGCGGUAGGAUUCAGAAGACCCGAUGAUAGUACAUUUGUUGGUCAAAAGCAAGAUAGUCUUUGAUUUUUUUUUUUUUUUUAAAACCAGAUGAAGUUAUAUUGCUGGAGGAGAAAAAUAGUUCGGGAUUUUUUAAUCGAGUUGUCUCAAGAAAAUACGUGGUCAGAACUGUUGUUGUUGCUGCACAUCCUGGAGUUUCCAAAUGUGUAUUUUUAUUGAAAUAAAAAUACCAAGAUCA